CAUGUUGAAGGGAAUCAUUACACUCCGUGGAGAGACUCUCGUCAAAGAGCAGUUGUAAACCAGGUGUUUUUCUUUUUCCUAGAGGGCACACCUGUCAAGAUCGCCCUGGCAUUAAGAGGCGACCUAGAUCCUCGGAAACCCCGACCGGGGAGGGGGAACAGCCUCCCCAACAUUUAGCAAUGAAGAUAAACCUCAAUAAGCGCUAGCCGGCUAAUUUUAGCCUGCUAUCAAUAAGCUAGCUAGCCUGUUAGCUCGAGCUUUUCUAUCCACUCAAAAACCGGCAACCUGCUCUUACAAGGCCGGGACUUCACGUAACUCACCAGCAAUAUUUUUUUACUUGCAUUGUUUUUACGCGCCUAAUCGCUAGCUAAUUUAUUACUGUAAAUAUCUGUAUAGCCGUGCGUUUGUUUUUAAUUUUUUUGCGAUGAGUUUGCCGCCGAAAGCGGUGCCUAAACCAGCCGCUGCCUCCGCUGGAAAUGGACCUGGAACCGGGCUGUCACCCUCGAGCCAGCUGCGGCCCCCUCUGCACCAAGUACCGCUACAGCCGGGGCCACCGGUGGCUCAGCACCCCCCGCCUGUACCGCAACCACCAAUUUUCCUUAAUUUCCCUCCUAGGACUUCCAGACUGCCGCUCUCCCUGGAAGAGCGAAUCUUCUCCACACAGCCUGUUGCUGCUGUGUACAGUGUUCAGAGAACCCCUGGCCCAUAUGACAUUAGUAAGGGACACACUAACCUAGUGGGCACACCGCCGGGUCACGCCUCUUCCCCCGGAUUCUCUCAGGUAUCAGUUUCAACAGUAUCCACUGCGCACCUGUAUGGUCACCCUAAAGGCUGGGAGGCAGGGGGAGGGUCUCCAUACACACCUGGACAGAAUGCCUGCACAACGCCUAUUGUCUACUCUUCGCCAACACAGCCAAUGAACACACAGCCUCAGAGCCGCCCAUUUGCCCCUGGGCCACGUCCUUCCCAUCACCAGGGAGGAUUCAGACCCAUUCAGUUUUUCCAGCGGACGCAUAUGCAAACAGCCCGGCACACCAUUCCAAGCAACAAUCCUCCCAUUCGGCCCACAUCACAGACCCCCACGGCAACGAUCUACCCCCCAAAUCAGCCCAUCAUGAUGACCAUGGCACCCAUGCCCUUCCAUUCACAGACAGGGCAGUACUACAUCCCGCAGUACCGUCACAGUGCUCCUCCAUAUGUGGGGCCUCCUCAACAGUACCCAGUUCAGCCCUCUGUCCCCAGUACCUUCUUUGCUGGACCCAGUCCAGGGGACUUCCCUGCACCUUAUGCUGGGCCUUCCUUCUAUCCUGGGCAGACAGUGUACACACCGUCUCCAUCCAUUAUAGUGCCACAACAACCCCAACCUACUAAAAGGGAAAAGAAAACAAUCCGCAUCCGAGACCCCAACCAAGGUGGCAAGGAUGUCACAGACGAGAUAUUGUCAGGAGUGGGCGGGAGUCGCAACCCAACCCCACCGGUUGGGCGGCCAUCCUCUACUCCUACUCCUCCACAGCUAAACAGCCAGGUAGCAGAUCACGGCCGCAUCAUGUUUAAUGUGGACACCACACAGCUACUUCCUGCACAAGUCGACUUGAAAGCAGAUGACAAGGCAAAAGUAGAGUUCGCUUCGCAAAGGUCUGCAUCUCCUGGACUGCGGAAGCCAGAGGCUGCUUUGGAAAGAAGAGAUCCCAGCAGCCCAGUCCAAACACCCUCUCCCCCACAGAAAACUGAGCUUCCCUCCACAGGCCCAGAAUUGGCCUCAAGUGUAGCUACAGCCCCCACUCCUUUCAUGCCUGCCUCAACAGUGGAAUCAGCUGAACCCUCAUGCCCCUCAGCUGAGCCCAGCCCUUCUAAAGCUAUCACACCAGAACCAGAGAAAUCCUCCUCAGAACAACCCUCACCUCAGAGCCUGUCCACAUCCCCAGCCCGGCCUGAAAAGGCAGUCAAUGGGCUGGCGGACACCGAUGCUGCUCCCUUAAGUGGGGACUUAGAAUCCCAACCCAGGGAAGUCGCUCCGUUGCUGGCUACUCCCAGCGUUAUCCAGUCCCAGACAGCCAGCACGGAGUGCAGCCCCAUCACGACCACACUGGAGGCAGAGUCUACAGAGGUAAAGGCUGAUAGUCCCUCGCCUCCUGUUGAAGACAGUGCUGGGUCUCCUGACGUCUCAUCCCUUCCUCGGACAACCUCUAUAACAACUGCUGCUAUCUCUGCCACACUUGCUCCACCUCCAGGCCUGACACACCCAUAUCAGGUUUCUGCAGGGUCAGGCCCAGUCAAGAGAUCCUCUAUAGGGUCAGAGCUCAAAGAACCAGGGAUGGAGACCGAGGCCUUGGCAGACAAGUGUGAUGAGCCCUUCUUGCAGUCCAGAAAAAGCUCAAAACAAGCUACAUCUAGUGCACCAAAGACCUGGAAGAAGCCAAAAGAGGACAUGCCUGUAGGUCUAGAUCAGUGUCCAGACAAAGAGGAGGACAUGGAUCGACCUGCUUGGGAGCCUGCUGCGGAGAGCCCUAGUCCUCCUCCUGUGGAGGUGGAGAGGAUGCCAUUAGUUGGAGCAGUGCUCGAGGAGAACGGAGAGCAGGAAGCAGAGACUCUGAGAAACGGGGCGGAUCAUGCCUCCGAAACCGAGAGCAGCGACAGUAUCCACCCGUCUGUAGUGAAAGAGCCAGUGAUCAAAGCAGCGGCAGAACUGGCAGAUAAUAAUGGAAAGAGGCUGUAUGAUAGAAACUUCCUGUUGGGCUUCCAGUUCAUGCCUGCAUGUGUGCAGAAACCCGAGGGGCUUCCUCCCAUUUCUGAUGUUGUUUUAGAUAAGAUUAACCAAAAUAAGCUGACCAUGCGGCCAGUAGACCCACGUGUGACCUCCAGAGGCCCAGACUUCACACCAGCGUUUGCCGAUUUUGGCCGACAGAUUCCAGGGGGCAGAGGAUCACCGCUGCUGAAUGUAAGCAUGCGACGACCACCUGCACGCAAGAUUAUUACAAACGUUUCUGUGAAUGUUGACGUGCAGCUCAAGACAGCAGAAAAUGCCUGGAAGCCUGGCUUGAAGCGGGACAGCGUCACUGAAGAUUCAGAGUCCCUGAAAACUCAGGAGCUUUUCCGAAAAGUGCGUAGUAUCCUCAACAAAUUGACGCCACAGAUGUUCAACCAGCUGAUGAAGCAGGUGACUGACCUUACCAUUGACACAGAAGAACGACUCAAGGGUGUCAUAGACCUGGUCUUUGAGAAAGCCAUCGAUGAACCCGGCUUCUCAGUUGCCUAUGGCAACAUGUGCAGCUGUCUGGCCACGUUAAAAGUGCCCAUGAUGGAUAAGCCCAACAACACUGUGAAUUUUCGGAAGCUGCUGCUGAACCGCUGUCAGAUGGAGUUUGAGAAAGACAAGGUGGAUGAUGAUGAUUUUGAGAAGAAACACAGGGAGCUGGAGGAAGCUACCUCAGAUAUCGAGCGGGAGAGGCUACGGGAGGAGCUGGAAGAGGCGAAGGACAAGGCUCGCAGACGCUCCAUUGGUAACAUUAAGUUCAUUGGCGAGCUCUUCAAACUGCGGAUGCUGACGGAGGCCAUUAUGCAUGACUGUGUGGUCAAGUUGCUGAAGAACCAUGACGAAGAGUCACUCGAGUGCCUCUGUAGACUGCUCACCACAAUUGGCAAGGACCUGGACUUUGAGAAAGCUAAGCCACGAAUGGAUCAGUACUUCAAUCAAAUGGAGAAGAUCGUAAAGGAGAGAAAGACUUCCUCUCGCAUUCGCUUCAUGCUGCAGGAUAUCAUUGACCUGCGAUUGCACAAUUGGGUGUCUCGGAGAGCUGACCAGGGCCCCAAGACCAUCGAGCAGAUCCACAAGGAGGCAAAGUUGGAGGAGCAGGAGGAACAGAGGAAGGUCCACCAGCAACUGCUGUCCAAGGACAAUAAGAGGAGACCAGUGGUGCAGAGAGGAGAGGAGACCUGGAGCACUGUGCCUAUGACUAAGAACAGCAGGACUAUAGACCCAGCUAAGAUUCUCAAAAUCUCCAAGCCAACACUAGAUGAGAAGAUUCAACUGGGACCAAGAGCUCAGCUGAACUGGAUGAAGGGCAGCAGUGGAGGGGCAGGAGCCAAGGCCAGUGAGUCAGAUGUCUCUCACCCCAGUGCCACCAGUUUGAACCGUUACUCACCCCUGCAACAAUCAGCCCAACCAGCCUCCUCUUUACCCUCUACAUCCCCAGACUUUAAUGCCAGGAGAGUUCCCAGCAGUCGUGGAAGCUCAAAUGACAAGCCAUUGAGCACGGAUCCCACUCAGACAGGGACCCUCUCAGUGGGUAGCAGCAAUAAGGAGGCCCCUAAGGAGUCGGUGCAGGAGGUGUCCUGCAGAGACUUAAGUGCCUCAGACACGCCCAAGCUGACCGCCAGCACUGCGGACAAGAGCAUACUGGAGCGUAGCCAAUCCAGGGAGUCUGCAAUUAAACUUGAAGCACUUUCAGGUUCCUCUCCAGACAAGCUUUCAUUAACAGAAGAGGAGAUGGAGAGGCGGUUCAAGUCAAUUAUUGAUGAGUUUUUGCACAUUACUGAUUACAAGGAGGCAGUGCAGUGUGUGGAGGAACUGGAGCAGCCUGCCAUGCUGUAUGUGUUUGUACGGGUGGGUGUGGAGUCAACGGUGGAGAGGAGUCAGAUCACACGAGACCACAUGGGUCAGCUGCUCUACCAGCUACUGCAGGCUGGAAGCCUCUCGAAACCUCAGUUCUUUAAAGGGUUCUCUGAAACUCUUGAAUUUGCAGAUGAUAUGGCCAUUGAUGUUCCUCAUAUAUGGCUGUAUCUUGCAGAACUGGCAACCCCUGUGCUUCGAGAGGGGGGAAUCUCUAUGAGAGAAUUAUUUAGUGAAUUUAGUAAACCAUUACUCCCUGUGGGAAGAGCUGGGAUAUUAUUUUCUGAAAUAUUGCACCUUCUAUGCAAAUAUAUGAGCCGUAGGAAAGUGGGAUCAUUAUGGAGGGACUCUGGGUUGAGCUGGGCAGAUGUUAUACCUGAAAAAGAGGAUGUCCACAGCUUCAUCACAGAACAUAAACUAGACUUCACAAUUUCUGAUUGUUUAAACCCAGCCGAGGCUGUCUCUAAGAGAACACUCUCACCUGAGGAACUGAAUAAGCAACUUGAAAAACUACUACUUGAGGACAUGGCUGGCGAUGAACAAAUCUUUGACUGGGUUGAGGCUAAUCUAGAUGAAUCAGAUAUGAGUUCACCUUCUUUCCUUAGAGCUUUAAUGACUGCUGUGUGCAAAGCAGCAGUGAAAACCGAGGGCUCCUCCUGCAAAGUGGACACGCCCAUAAUCCAGAAGAGAUUGCCUGUAUUACACAAGUACCUUAACUCGGACACAGAGAGACAGUUGCAAGCACUUUAUGCACUUCAAGCAUUGAUAGUAAAACUGGACCAGCCUCCUAAUUUGCUCCGGAUGUAUUUUGACUGUUUGUAUGAUGAGGAUGUGAUAUCUGAAGAUGCAUUUUAUAAGUGGGAAAAUAGUAAAGACCCCGCUGAACAGCAAGGCAAGGGUGUGGCCCUGAAGUCAGUCACUGCCUUCUUCACGUGGUUGCGUGAGGCAGAAGAAGAGUCAGAGGACAACUGAUGAGGGGAGAAAUGGACACAUUUUCCAGUUAGUGCUGAAGAGACAAUUAGUUGCUGAAACAAUAACCGCAUCAAAUUAAAAUGCAACAUAAGCAACACAUCAUGCAUCAGUUGGAUGGAGUUCAGCAAGAAUUCGAUUGGUACGGUUAUUGACAUGCAGCGACCUUAUGACUUACAGUUGCUGGAGCACUAAAACAUUUAUUAUUGUAUUUAUAGAAAUGUUGCAUUUAAGUUUUUUUAUUAUUUUGUUACUUUUUAAGGAAAUACUUUAAUAAUACAAAUUGCAACAAUAAAGCAAAACAUAAGUUCAGACCUGUUAAUUUAUUUUUUGUAAGAGCAGCAGACACAAAAUGGUAUUUAACAUUUGCAGACAGCCACAAUGAGAGUUAAACAGUGGAUAGAGUAAUAAUGUUAAUAAUUGUACUAUUAAUUUAAUGGCAAUAGCAAUUAUUAAACAACCUCCUUGAUUUUUAAACUGUUCAAUUAUGGUCAAUAACCAUUUAUUUGGUUGAGGAUAGACAUGACCAGGUUUUGAAAGGAGGAUCUCCGUUUUAGUACAUCAGUACUAAAGUGUUUAGUACAUGUUGAAGGUUAUUUUUGAUAUAUAACCAUACCAAUUGUUCCUCUGCUUCAGCUUGCUCUAUGUGAAACAUUUAAUCUGGCAGAAACUUGCAGAAAUAUGCAUUCAGGGGACUGCUGGAGUCAUAGAAGAAAAGCUUAGAAUGUGUCUACAAGCAAAUGGCAAAGUAUACAAGCCAAUAAGGAAAUGUUACUGAACCUAAAGUGCUUGUUAUUCUUCAUACUGAUAGAGCAAAUUUAAAGCUUGUAAAUAAAGACA